GGCGAAUCCCCGGACUGAGUAAAAUUGCAGCCCGUCUUAGCGAGGCCAACCAUUGGGUGAAAACCCCAGGAUGCGGGCGAGCUGAGCAGUUGUUGCCGACCGUUGCCGACCAUUGCAGACCAUUGCAGACGCGGUGGAGGCGAGGCAAUUUCCCCCGGCCCGGCCCGACACAACCAUAGGCUGGCCAGCCCACGCCACCGGAGAUUCAUCGCCUGUUCCUGCGGGAUCACAAGCUGGCGUGCCACUCCUCCUGCAGCGAGCAUCCAGGCGAGAGGCGAAGCGAUGUUGCAUCAUCACCAUUGCUGCAGGUCCGGCAGGUCCUGCAUGUGCUUCCCCUCUCGCGGCGCGGGGUUUAUAAAUUGAAGGGGCUGGUCGGUUCUUCAAGGCUGAUCCGCAGACGCGACUCGUCUUGGAGAUUCUGACCGACCCUCAUCCUUCACACCAUGUCGCUGCGAUCUCUUCUCACCGUGAGCGGCCUCGUCUGCUCGGGACUCGCCGGGGUGCUGCCCAAGCGGGCCACCCUGGAUUCCUGGCUUAGCAGCGAAGCGACCGUGGCACGUACGGCCAUCCUGAAUAACAUCGGGGCGGACGGCGCGUGGGUGUCGGGCGCGGACUCGGGCAUUGUCGUCGCUAGUCCCAGCACCGAUAACCCGGACUAUUUCUACACCUGGACUCGCGACUCCGGUCUCGUCAUCAAGACCCUGGUCGAUCUCUUCCGCAAUGGCGACUCCGACCUGCUCUCCACCAUUGAGCACUACAUUUCCUCUCAGGCCAUCGUCCAGGGCAUUAGCAACCCUUCGGGAGAUCUGUCCUCGGGCGGACUGGGUGAGCCCAAGUUCAAUGUCGACGAGACAGCCUAUACCGGGUCGUGGGGACGGCCUCAGCGGGAUGGUCCGGCUUUGAGAGCCACCGCCUUGAUCGACUUUGGGCAGUGGUUGGUUGACAAUGGCUACACUAGUGUCGCGACGGAUAUUGUGUGGCCCCUGGUUCGGAACGACCUGUCGUAUGUGGCGCAAUACUGGAACCAGACGGGAUAUGAUCUCUGGGAGGAAGUGAACGGCUCGUCGUUCUUCACCAUCGCUGUGCAGCACCGCGCCCUGGUGGAGGGUAGCGCCUUCGCGGCCAGCGUCGGCUCGUCCUGCUCCUGGUGCGACUCGCAGGCACCCGAGAUCCUCUGCUAUCUGCAGUCUUUCUGGACUGGCAGCUACAUUUUGGCCAACUUUGAUAGCAGUCGGUCUGGCAAGGAUGCGAACACCCUCCUGGGAAGCAUCCACACCUUUGACCCGGAGGCCGGCUGUGAUGACACGACCUUCCAGCCGUGCUCGCCGCGUGCGCUUGCCAACCACAAGGAGGUGGUCGAUUCGUUCCGGUCGAUCUAUACCAUCAACGAUGGCUACACGGACAGCGAGGCUGUUGCGGUUGGUCGCUACCCUGAGGAUUCGUACUACAACGGUAACCCGUGGUUCCUGUGCACCCUGGCCGCUGCAGAGCAGCUGUACGACGCGCUCUACCAGUGGGACAAGCAGGGAUCAUUGGAGGUGACCGACGUGUCGCUGGACUUCUUCCAGGCCCUGUACAGUGAUGCUGCCACGGGCACGUACUCGUCCUCUAGUGCCACCUACAGCAGCAUUGUGGAUGCCGUGAAGACUUUUGCGGAUGGAUUCGUUUCGAUUGUCGAAACUCAUGCGGCCAGCAACGGCUCCUUGUCCGAGCAGUUCAGCAAGUCGGAUGGCGAGGAGCUCUCUGCUCGCGACCUGACCUGGUCGUAUGCUGCCCUGUUGACGGCCAACAACCGUCGUAACUCGGUCGUGCCCGCUCCCUGGGGUGAGACCUCGGCCAGCAGCGUGAUUGGAACCUGUGCGGCUACGUCGGCCACGGGCACCUACAGCAGUGUGACGGUUACCUCAUGGCCGACUAUCGUGGCGAGUGGCACCACUGCCACUACCACGGCCACGGGCAGUGUGACCACCACCUCGAGCAGCAAGACCACCACCACCGCCAGCAAGACGACGACUUCAACCGCGUGCAGCACCCCGACCGCUGUGGCCGUGACCUUUGACCUGACCGCGACCACCACUUACGGAGAGAACAUCUACCUGGUGGGAUCGAUCUCGCAGCUGGGUGACUGGGAUACCAGCGAUGGUGUGGCCCUCAGCGCUGACAAGUAUACCUCCAGCGACCCGCUGUGGUAUGUGACGGUGAGCCUGCCCGCGGGCGAGUCGUUCGAGUACAAGUUCAUCCGGAUUGAGUCGGAUGGAACGGUGGAAUGGGAGAGUGACCCGAACCGGGAGUACACUGUUCCUCAGGAGUGUGGCACAUCGACUGCGACGGUGGAUGAUACCUGGCGGUGAUUGAUGUCUAUGUACCGAGUAGAGAGAGUGUGUUUAUGUGGUGGAUGUGUAACAGAGGGUCUGUCAUGUGAUGAAGAAGAUAGUCGGCACAACGGAUCGGAGAUACGAAUAAUCUAAGUGAUUUCUGCAGGAGAUCGGG